AUGUCAACUAAUAAAACUAUUGGCCAUGAUUUCAGUCGUUUCACAGCUAUUCGUACAGCAUACAGCAAACGUUUCAAUUAUACCUUUGAAUUAAACUUCGUUCAACGUAAAUCUCGUCGAGCUGAAUACCGUAAAAUUGAAGUUAUCAUAAGUUAUUAUAGGAAGUAUUCGCAAACUGAUGCGUUCGACUAUCUUUUCUGGAUGGAUUGGGAUACAUGUAUCAUGAACGGGACAGUAUCUCUUGAUUCGUUUAUUCCUACCUCACUACCAGAUAUAAUCUUGACAGACCAUGAUCAGCCAAUCAAUAACGGUGCAUUAUUUUUGCGCUUAAGAGGUGUCCCACGUGUGGGCCGUUUUCUUCAGUUUUGGCAGAAGCAAAGUCAAUUGGCUGAUUGGGAAUGGACUGAUAAUGGAGCCAUGUAUCCAAGCCUUAUAGUGUACUUAGAUCGAGAUCCUGACUAUAACAAUGAGUGUGGCCAUGGUCAUACAUUGCGCUGUUUCAUUGAACAACUUCUAUCUGUGAAGUACAAACUACCUUAUGGGAGAAGGUUUUCACAAUAUUUCUAUUGUAUACCAGCACCUCUCGGCUUUAACAACCAUCAUUUUGACGAGGCUAAACUAUAUAAUUGGGACUCAACCACAACAUAUUAUCCUGAUAAGGGCAUGUUUGCUAUACAUACUAAAGAUGAAGAUAUAUGGGCAAAUCUCUCAGAAAAAAUUAAUGGAUGGAGUGGAGACAAUAUUUCUACUCUGCCAUGGGUGGAUUUUUGA